GCACUCACAAAAUUUAAUGCCCAAAAUGUACAAGUUUCGUGGAAUUGACGUAAUAACCACUUGAUUAUGCGAAAACAUUCUGGGAUUUCCAAUAACACGGCAGAAAAAUCCAAUCUGGUUCGGUUCUGAAUAGGAGCCGGUACACACAAAUUCCCACCAUUACGUUGCACUCUGUCAUAUUACAUCUUCGUCUGGUUGACAGCAAUACCAAUUUCAGCAUCCCAAUUCAAUUCAUUUUAGCCAUGUUGGCAAGAAGCCAAUAAAAACUGAGCCAAGUUUGGGUCAUUGGCUUUUGACAAUUGUCAAUUGCGAUACGGGGAAAGUGAAAUAAAUCUCGUACACCUAUGACGUAAAACCAUUGUAAGGGAUGUGUGGUAGUACACAAAAGGGGAUUACAAUACAAAAAAAAAAAAGAAAUCCCGAAAAGAUAAAUGCAUUUUUUGCCAUUGUUUUUGUUUUGUUAAACAAUUUGCCAAAACAAAACUGCUGGAAACAAGACCCCCCCCCCCAGCAGUAGGAGGUUUGCCAACAAACUCGAAAACUGGAUAAAAUUUAAAUAAAUAUUUGAGAACAAAAAAUAAAAAAAAAAAACUUUUAUGUUCCGAAUAAAAACGGGGAAACGUAAAAUCCCAACAUGCACGUAUACCCUCAUUGGGAUUUUACGCUCCAAAUUUGGAUUUUUUUUUUGAUUUUGAGGUACACAGACAGGUUGUCUGACGUUUGUUCUCUCUUGUAAUAAAUUAAAAUGAAAGUCAAAGAAAAAUUAACAAAAUGUUCUCGAGUGAAACGGCGCACAUAUUUGGGAUAUGUUGAAAUUCAAAAUAUUUUCAUAUAAAAAUGAAAUGAGAAUUCGAAAUGGCAUUCAGUUUUCAAUUCAAGGAUUAACCAGCAACAACAUACAGCGUUUAAGCAAGCACUUCUAAAAACAUGCAAGGAAUUACUUUAGCAAAGAUCUUCAACAUCUUGGGCCUACUUUUGGCUUUGGUUGUCAUCAUGGCCCACAGCUCUCCCCUACCCGUUCCUGUCGCCCCCAACUAUGAAACGGUUAUGCUAGAUGACAAUGUUCCCGCUGAAUCGUUCAAAUAUCAAACUUUCCAAAAUUUCUAUAAUGCCGAAUUACCUGGCAACCCUAUGGCUGAAUUGCAAAUGGUCGAGAGUCGUAAUGCUGCCAAAAUUCGCGCCCCACAACCUUUAAAUGCCGCCGAGAGACAGGCCCGCCUUCAUGAUGAAUACUUCGAUGUGGUCCGUGAGAAACGUAAUCAAAAAUCCUUGACCAAAGGCAGCACCAAACCCAAUAGGCAUGGCCAAGAAUGGGAGGAAUUCGAUUAUGAUGCAUAUGUCAAUUAGGUUGAAGUUGAGUUGUCUCAGGUUAAACUAUGCCCAGAAGAAGGGGACACUAUUGUUAUUGUGCUACUGAGGUUUUCUUGUUAUUUAUUUUGUUAA